GAAAUAAAUAGCAUUAACUACCCGUUAAACCUCUCUGCUACCUCUCCUCCUCUCUCUCUCUCUCUCUCUCUCCAAUGGCAGAUUACGACACCAACCACCACCAAGGUAGUAGCCACCACCACCACCACCAAUCAAUCCCAAAAGAAACAGCACUCCAAGCCCUAAACACCAUAAUCCAGCUCCACUUCGAGAAAACUCUUGAAAAGAAAAGAUCAAUAGACCUCCAAAAGAAAGAACUCCACAAGCUUUUCCUUCUCUUCUUCAUUUUCCUCUCUCUGGUUUUCAUGGCGGAGGCGCAAUCUAGCCGCCUUCAGUGCAGGCAUUGCUGGGCCCCAAUAAUCCUUCUCUCUUUAGCCCACCUAAUCUUCUAUGUCUCCGUAGCUCAAACCCUGAGGUGCAUCAAUGGGUUUAAAUACCAAAGAAGAUGCCAUAAGCUGACUUUAGGAUUAGCGACUGAAAAGCUAAGGGAAUUGAAGAUGAGAAUGGGAAGUGGGAAUAGUGAGUAUGGGGAAGUUGUUGGAGAUGAAGGUGAGCUUGAGAUUCAUUAUCAAGAACCACCAGAGAGUUAUUUUGGUAAGUUUAAGAGAAAUUGGGCUUUGCAUUUUGGCUUCUUGAUCUUGAUUUAUGCCUUUAUGGUUUCUUGUUCUGUUGUUCUUCUCUGUUAUUAGUUUAAUUUAGGAUUUUAAGAAAUUAAUUAAUUGUAUAAUUAGGAUUACUUUUAUGUGAGAAUUUAAUUGUUUUCCAAAAAUUUUGUGAAAUUUGAUUAAAUUCAUACAUAUGUGAAAUGGAUUUGGGCUUAAGAAUUGGUACAUUUCUGGUUAGAACCUGAGCUUUUUCUUUUUCUUUUUUAGCAUUUAUUUGGGAUUAUGAAAAGGUAAUGAUACGGUCAUAUGCUUUGAAUUGAUUU